GCCCCGCCACGAUGUCGGGCAGCGGAGGCGGCAGCAGCGCGGUGAAAAAGAGGAGCCCGGCGGGCUCGGCCUCCUCCAUGGCGCAGGAGGAGGAGAAGCAGGCGAUGGAGAAGAUGCUGGAGGCGGCUGGAGGCGCUCAGGAGAACGGCUGCGCCCGCACGCCUUCUCCCACCGCCGCUCCCGCCGACGGUGAGGGGGUGGCCUUGCAGCGCUCCAUCACGCUGAUCAACGGCGUGGCCAUCAUCGUGGGGACCAUCAUCGGCUCCGGCAUCUUCGUCACCCCCACCGGGGUGCUGCGGGAGGCCGGCUCGCCGGGGCUGUCGUUGGUGGUGUGGGCCGUCUGCGGGGCCUUCUCCAUCGUGGGCGCUCUGUGCUACGCCGAGCUGGGCACCACCAUCACCAAGUCCGGCGGGGACUAUGCCUACAUGCUGGAGGUGUACGGCUCCCUGCCCGCCUUCCUCAAGCUCUGGAUAGAGCUGCUCAUCAUCCGACCCUCCUCGCAGUACAUCGUAGCUCUGGUCUUCGCCACCUACCUGCUGAAGCCCAUCUUCCCCACCUGCCCGGUGCCUGACGAGGCUGCUAAGCUGGUAGCCUGCCUCUGUGUCCUGCUCCUCACGGCAGUGAACUGCUACAGCGUGAAAGCUGCUACCCGUGUUCAGGAUGCCUUUGCUGCAGCCAAGCUGCUGGCGCUGGCUUUGAUCAUCAUUCUUGGCUUCGUUCAGAUUGCAAAGGGUGAUGUGACGAGCCUGGCUCCUGAGCACUCCUUUGAAAACACAAAAGUGGGUGUGGGGAACAUCGUGCUGGCCUUGUACAGUGGUCUUUUUGCCUAUGGAGGAUGGAAUUACUUGAAUUUUGUUACAGAAGAGAUGAUAAAUCCCUACAGAAACCUGCCUCUGGCUAUCAUCAUCUCCCUACCUGUAGUCACUUUGGUUUAUGUGCUGACAAACUUGGCUUACUUCACAACCCUGUCCACGGAGCAGAUGCUGACGUCCGAAGCUGUGGCUGUGGACUUUGGGAAUUAUCACCUUGGUGUCAUGUCCUGGAUCAUACCUGUCUUUGUGGGCUUAUCGUGCUUUGGAUCCGUUAAUGGAUCCCUCUUCACCUCUUCCCGGCUGUUCUUCGUUGGGUCCCGAGAAGGACACCUACCUUCCAUUCUCUCCAUGAUUCACCCGAGGCUUCUCACUCCUGUACCAUCCCUCGUCUUUACGUGUGUCAUGACCCUGCUCUACGCCUUCUCCAAUGACAUUUUCUCAGUCAUCAACUUCUUCAGCUUCUUCAACUGGCUGUGUGUGGCCUUGGCCAUCAUAGGCAUGAUGUGGCUGCGUUACAAGAAGCCUGAGCUGGAAAGGCCCAUCAAGGUGAACAUCUGCCUGCCCAUUUUCUUCAUCCUGGCUUGCUUGUUUCUCAUUGCUGUUUCCUUCUGGAUGACACCAAAGGAAUGCGGGAUCGGCUUUGCCAUCAUCUUCAGCGGGAUUCCUUUUUAUUUGUUUGGGGUCUGGUGGCAAAACAAGCCCAAGUGGAUUCUCCAGGGCAUCUUCCACGCAACAGCCAUGUGCCAGAAACUGAUGGAGGUGGUUCCGCAAGAAUCGUAAGCAGGAAAAGCAGAGACGUUCAGCCUGAGGAAACGCACAAUAUUGUUUUAAGACGACACAAGGAGAAAAAACACUUCUGACCCUUCAUCAACAAAACCUAAGCACUGGAGCACCCCGUCAGAACUUCAUGUCUGACACGGUGCCGCCUGCUCUGCCUUGCCUCCUCCAGCCCUCCUGCUGCCGCCUGAGAAGUUCUCGGUACCAACGUGGGCCAGGAAGAGGAAUUCCUGCUGGCGACUUCCUGUGCAUCCAGUCAGCCUCUGUGCGUGUGAGACUGAGGGCCAUACCUCAGUUCUGUGUGGGCUUAGUAAGACGAGCGAUGAGCCUAACCAACCUGCCCUGCCUGGUCAGGGGGUGGAUGAGGAGGAAGGGUUGUCUGAGGGCUUGGGCUGGUGCUGGCUCUCACGCACGUGCAAGCUCACGUCUAAAUCUGUGCUACUGGUGCUUUGUGUUCUGUGCAGGGAGCGCCACUGGUGGUGAUGGAUAGAGGUGAGACAAGGCAGAGCAGAACUAGUGUCAGAGAAAUGAGAAUGAGGACUUGGCUGUCUGGUCCCCGGCUGUUGUGUGGUUGUAGCUCUCGGCUCCAAACCGUCUCCUGCUGUUGAGCCAGAUCGCUGGGAUGCCCUUCUCAAAAAUGCCCACCUUGAGCCCCGUGUGAUAGCGCUGGGAUGGAGCAGGCCCUGUUGCUCCCAGUGAGCCCAGGGAACUGCAGGAGGUCGGUUCCUUGGCUUGCUCACCCUUGUUUUCAUGUAGAUGUCAUCCAACGUGGGGUGAGCCCUGCUUUGCCCUGUCCUUGCCCUCGGGGUGAUCAGUGCAUGCCCCUAAGCCAACUAUGAAGAUGAAAUAUGGGUGGGAUUCCCCUGGUUUGUUCCCUGGGUUCUGCAUGGGAGGUAUGACCAACUGGCUCUGGGGAGUAGGAGGGGGCACACACCCCAAAUGGCUGGGGCCUGCUUUAAUCCUGGUCUGCUGUUUUGCUCAAGGAAGCCAGGACUGGAGGCUUCUUGAAGAAGUGGCUCAUAUUGCCUCUGCACUCCAGGUGAUAGUCAAUUAGAAAUCGAAUGCAUCUUUUCCCCACCAGUAAGCUGCACUUGUCUCUGUUACGAUCUUCUUUGUGCUUGUGCUUCAGAAAAUGCUUGUUGAUUCUUUUUUUCUCUACCAUACUUUUGUAAAGUAAGCUGUUUGGAAGCUGGUAUCCUCCAAGAGCAAUUGCUAUCUACUGGAUUCUCUCCUCUUAGCGUAGAGUCAUUUUGGAGAAGAGGCAUUAAGGACACCAAUGGUACUACUAGCUCAUGCUUUGUCCUUUUAAGAAGCUCUUCAGCAAAAAAAGCAUUUAAGCUUCUGUCCCAGCGUGUGUGGCAGUGACCACAGCUAUGUCCCACAUGUGUCUACGUGCAGCUCCUUGCUACCGCUUUGCCAGGCAUGCAUCUUUGCUUUAAGGCAGGGGUAGGUGAGACAAUCAUCACGCUGAAACCUUUGUGGCCACAUGCUUAUUCCGUAGCAAUACAGUGCAGAGAUACCCAGCCCAGCUCUGCUAUGCUUCACAUGUGUCAACACAGAGCUCUGCUCGAGCUGAGUUAACCUAUGGAGAAUUGCAGCUGGUUGGGGUAUGUCUGCAGUGCAGAAGUACCCAAAGUUCUGGCCAGUGCAUGGCUGUUCAGGGACCUACGUGCAAUGAACUGGAGCAUCUCAGAGCCAGCACCCAUGGAGAGACAUUUGCAUAGAUAAGGUCAUGAGCUAUAUAAAUCCUGAACUCAGUUUCCCCUCUUUGCGAGGAGUCCUCUUCCAGCUGAAGGCUGAUGUUUUUGCAGGGUAGUGAUGGGAGGUCGCUCCUUAUGGCCUGCUUCAAGGGGAAAAACCUGUCUCUCCCCUUCCCCUUUGGUCUUGGCAGGUUUUGGCUGCAGCGGUCUCAGGAUUGGUUUCCUGCAGGGCCUGGAUUGAACUUAGGGACUCUCAGUGCUAAUAAUAUAAACCAGCAGAAUUAAGUUGAGUACUGAUUUACAGCAGAUUUAACUUGCAUCACAAGACCAAUCCACAGAGAGCUCAGAAAUGGGUCCAAGUCUCCCAGAUGUGUGGGGAUUGCUUGGUUUGGGCAUAUCUCUUAAUGAGUUUCAUCGGUGAUGAAGACCAUCAACAAACGAUAUCCUCUUGGUGACCCUUUCACACUGGUUUUACAGAGGAGAUGUCACACUGAGAUUUAUUUUUUUAUUAACUGAUCUUAAUUAAAACCUUAACUCGCUCGCUUGCUUUUUAAGAACGUUGAUUACUUUCUACUUGCUGCUAAGGAUCUUUCUGUUGUGCUACUAAACCUGCUGCCUCUGGCAUUGACAUUGCACGUUGUGCGGUGACCUUGUUUCCACAGCAAUAGAGGUAUAGGGAGAAACCCAAUCAGGCACCAGCACAAAUUCACACAACUUUUGUAUUGGACCAGCUCACAUCUCAGCCCUCCCAAAGCCUGAUUUCUUAUAUCCCUGGUUCAUAGAGGCUGCUCAUUCCCCACUGGUAGAGCUUGGUGGCAUGGCUGGUAGAGAAGGCUUUUAUACUAGAGAUCUGGGUGGUGAUAAAUAAGGAGAUAAGACCAAAUUUCAUUUCAACAAGAAAAUGUGACUAAAGCCAUUUCUCCAAGGGGUGAAAGCUGUAAGUGGCUGUGGCUCUGUAGUCAUGUCCCUGUGAGCAUUACUGUGCAGUGACUGUUGUACAAAGCUGAGCCCUGAGCCCUGCUGCUCUUCAUGAAGCUUGGCUGUGAGUUUUUGGAGUCCCAGCACUGUGGGUGUUACGGAACAACAUCCCAUGGGAUUCAGAGGAGGCCACAGCCCAUGGCUUUGCUUCAGGUUCCUCUUCCUGAGCACAAACCUGCUCUGGUAAACAAACCAUUGUGUUCCAGCAGUCCCAUCUGUCCACAGCUGAGUUCAAAGGGGCUCCAGUGCUUGCACAAACUUUCAAGACCCGUUGGGUGGAAGCUGGUGCAGAAUGGCUUUGUUCUGUGUGCUGAGCAUCAUGGGAAGAGCUGUGCUGUGCUGCUGGCCCUGCAGGAAGGUUUCCUCUGUCUGCUGCUGCCUGUGCCUUUAGCCAUGGCCACAGUGCUCUCAGGCUUUAAUAACAAUCCAAAAGGAAGCAAACAACUGUGUGCUGUCCUUACACAACACGUUGGCUGUCUGGGUGGGACAGCAGCUUGUGCACAGCCUGGUUCCCAAAGACAUCCAAAGGGAAGGCACAGAACAGCCAGACCCUGCUGGGAUUUUGCCUUUGGAAGCUGCUGAAGCCACACUGCAGCUGGGGAAGGGCAGCCUGAGAGCUGUGCUGAGAGUCAGCACCUCCCCAGAGCCCUGCAUUACAAUCCCAUGUCUAUCCGUGCUGUGGAUGGGAGGUGGUCCUGUGAUGGUUGAGCCCUCAGCCCGGAGCUGCCACAGGGCUGUCCUUUGCUGCUUGCUUCAGAAGCAGCCGCAGCCUCAUGGCUGGCUUUGCCCACGAGUGGGAAGUUUCUUCCCAGUUUACACAAUCCAAACUGGAACUGGCAACGGGGUGGGGGCUGCACGCUGCUCAGGGUCUGCCGUAGCCCCUGGCGUGGCACAGCCCUCCUCCCAGCCAUGGCAGUUGGCGAUGUCCCUUGGGUUAGGUCAUCCCUAAGGAAUCGAUGUCCAGAGGAUUUUUCUUUGCUUUGAGCUCCUUGCGUUACAAGGGGUGAUGCUUCCCCCAGCUGCUGAGCGUCAACGAGAAAAGGAAGAAAAAAAAAAAAAUAAAUAUUUUUUUAAAAUACUGAAUUAAUUCUGAAGUAGCCUAAAAGAGACUUUAUAUCUACAUCGUAACUAUUUCCAUCGGUGACACCCGUCUCAGUGCAGGCUUCUGGCUGCCACGUGCCAUGCGGUCCUGCACAGGGAUGGCUUUCACACCCCAAGAGAUGUCCCCAUUUGUUCAGGGGACAGAGCGGGGCCCGUGUCCCCCCCAGAGCCCUGCAGAGAGGGACUGUGGUGGGAUGUGGACCCGGUGCUGACCUGUGGAACAAUGGUGAGAGUCACUGCUGGAGAAUGAGCUGCCUUUUCCGAGCAACCUGUCUUCUGAAGUUCAUAUUUUUGUCCUUUGUUUUUAAGCAGGAAAGAGUUAUCUCGACCUCCAGAAAAUCUACACACCUGUUUUACCUUUUUUUGUUGCAUUUGGUUGCUUUGCAAAAGAAAAGAAAAGAAAAAAAAUUACUAAUUUAAAUGUUGCUGUAGAUGACGUUCUAUUUAUUUUUAAGGGGUAAAUAUCUUUUAAGUCUUAAUACUUCUACAGUCGAUGCUAUUUACAGUGUCUGUGUCCCAUUGGCACAGCAGUUCAGUGGCUGGCCGAGCUGCUCCGCCAAUGGGAACGCCAUCAAACUGCCUUGUAAAACAAAAUGUCUCCCACCAUGUAUUUUUUCUAGUAUUUCUUGAUUCUUUUAUGUCGGUGGUUAACAAACCUAUUCCGUGUUCGGGUUGUUUUAUGUUUUGGGUUGUCUGUUGGUUUUUUUUUUGUUUGUGUUGUCGGUUGUUUUUUAACAAAGAAAGCUGAAUUACAACUCUCCUGUUGCUGG